CUCCUUCAUUGCAGCAUCGACAGCAAUCUGCAAUUCACAGCUACUUUCUCAGUAUUUAACCAAACCCAUCAAUUUCUAUUCCUUUAUACUUUCUACAGAAAGAAAAUGGCGAUGAUUCCAAGCUUUUUUACUAACUCGCGAAAUAGCGUUUUUGACCCCUUCUCUUCCUUCGACCUGUGGGAUCCAUCCAAAAACUCCCAAUUUCCCUCUUCCUCUUCAAUAAUCUGUGGUGAUAACUCUGCUUUUGUUAACACUCGCAUAGACUGGAAAGAGACUCCCAACGCUCAUGUCUUGGAGGCUGAUCUUCCUGGGCUUAAAAAGGAGGAAGUGAAGGUCGAGAUUGAAGAUGACAGAGUGCUUCAAAUCAGCGGAGAGAGGAAUGUGGAGAAGGAAGAUAAGAAUGAUACGUGGCACCGGGUGGAGCGUAGCAGGGGUAAGUUCUUGAGGAGGUUGAGGCUGCCGGAAAAUGUAAAGAUGGAUCAGGUGAAGGCUUCAAUGGAGAAUGGGGUUCUGACUGUGACAGUUCCUAAGAGGGAAGUCAAGAAACCUGACGUCAAGUGUAUUGAAAUCUCUGGUUGAGUUUAUUCAUUCUUGUAAAGUUCAGGCGUAUGUAUUUAAAGAGCCAAAGAAAAUUGGUGUUUGUUCUUUC